GAAGCUCAGGUUCAAAUGCCUCAGCCCGAGCUCCUUCAUCUCCUCUCCCUUCCUUAAGUUUCUUUGCCUAAUUGAGCUCUUUUCGAGUUGAUUAGGUGGAGAACUUAAGUGCUAGCUCGCCCCAAAAAAAUAAAAUUUGAGUACUAAGUAGUGAAGUUCAUAAACCAGAAAACACAAAAAAAAAACAAUAUUCCCUUCUAAAUAAAAUCAUGGCACGCUGAACGUUGAACGUUUGUGGUGGUUUAAUGCCCCGCAAGAACGACUAACGACUAACACUAACCCUCUUCUUAACCCUUGUUUCCUUCGGGUAUUGCUCAUACUAACUUUUUGCAGGCACCAUGCUGAAUCGAGCCAAGGAGAUGGUCAAGAGGGCACUCUCGAGAAAAUCGAGAAGCUCGCGAAGUUCGUCUUCUUCUCGGGAUAGCAUGUCGAUCGACUCUGGUCACCGUUCACACGCAUCCCGGGAAGAAGAAAUUCCCACAAUCCCACGAAGCCGUUUCCGCAUCAGGAUCCUGACGAUGGUUGAACAAAUCGUCAUCAAGAACGACUACGAGCGGCAAGCACUCGAGCUACUGACGAGGCGAACCUAUGCCCAUGCCAAGAGGUUCGAAACCUGCUUCCUCAUCAUGACAGGACUCCUGCAAGACAUGAACCAAGAUUUCACUACCAUCGGAUGGGAGAACUUCGCCGACAUCGUCGAGCUAGGUUCGCAACUCUAGACAAUGGAAUUCCUUAUGUCUCUUACCAUUAAAGAAACCAGCACUGAAACUAAAGUUUACUUUUGGUUAUUUAACGAACAAUUCGAAAUGACCCUCCAACAAUUUAGUGUCGCUUUGGGUUUUUAUGAAAUAUGCAUCCUAGACCCCAACACACUUGCUGAGCGUUAUGAGUAUGACCGCAGCUCUUGGUGGAAUGUAAUUUCUAAUGAACUUGUGAGUAGUAAGAACAGCAUAGUCUCAAUUCAUAAUCCUACUCUGAGGUUUCUCACCAAGUGGCUAGCCAUGGUUGUGCACUCUCACACAGACCUUCGCCUCUGCAGCUUGCCUGAGCUGCAGUGUCUGUACGCUAUGGCGAACAAGAUUCGCUUUUCGCCCAUCCGGAGCAUGCUUGCUCAUUGGCAGAAGAUGAUUUCGGGCAGAAGCCCCAUCGACAUAACCCCACUGGUCACUCGUGUGGCAAGGUAUGUCGAAGCGAUGGAUGGCGCCGAAGUCACCUUCUUGCCUGAGACAGAGACGUAUAGAUACGAGGUCGGUCUUGAUCAUUUUGUGCAAGGGCACAUGAUGCGAGAGGGGCCAGUAAAUUCUAUCUUUAUGUGUUACCCCGGGUACGAUAGGGAGAUCCAGCUUCCAUGCCCGAGACUCUCUCUCCACUCGGUGAGAAGUCUAACAUUGCAGAUGGAGAAAAGAGAACCCGCACGAUGGAGUGUUGCAGGUCCACAGACGAGGAGUAAGACCCGGCGCGAGCAAGCUGGAGCAGGUCCAUCACGACGGACACCCCCGGUUCUUGCCUCGGCACAACCGGGGCCGUCCACGCAGAACAUGAGCUUUGAGGAGGCGUACGGGCAUUACACCUAUGACCCGUAUCAGGCCUGCAGCAGCGGAUUCGCCGGUGGGCAAGGACCAUACUACCCCACAGGUAUGCAUCCGUCCUAUGGUCCACAAGUGGGUCCCUCAUCAUCAGCACACUUCAACUAUGCGGACCCGAUUCUUCGGAGCAUCACGGAUCUUUCAAACCGCAUCAGCACCCUUGGUACACAGCAGCAGCAGAUGCAGGACACAAUGGCACACAACACCCAGGACACAAUGGCACACAACACCCAGUUCACUCAGGAGAGCUGGGGGCUGACUUCCGCCUUGCAGUAUGACGUCUCGAACGUCUUCAUUCACCUUGGGCUGGACUAUCAACAGUCCCAGCCAUACCAGCCGUACCAGCCGCCCGAACAGGAGAACAACGAUGAGGAGGAGAACAACAAUGACAACGAGGAGGAUAAGGAUGAUGAUGAGGAGGACCCCGAUGAGGGAGAGCAGUACUCCGAUGAGGAGGACUAAGCUUCAUCGAAGCUUGGGGGGUCACACUGCCAGGGUCAAAAAUGGAGAAGUGUGGAAGUGGUGCUGUCCAGGUGCGCCAAGACGAUGAGAAGAUGGCGGUCGCUGAUCAAACCAGACAAGGUGAUGGAGUUGGAGUACAUCAUCGUCGAACUGGAGAAAAGAGGAGCAGAACCGGCGAGGAUCUUGUGGAGCAGCUCAACUUCAUCAAGUUUGGGAGCUUCUCGGUCACCUCGACACCGGUUGGCCUCCAAAGGUGCGGAGGGUGGCGAGAGCCAGGAAGCUGCGCAUGACUCGUCUAGGAAUGUCACAGACUCUGUUCUUAGCUGCUCAUCCGGGUGUUCUAUGUCUAAGUCGAACUUGUCUUCCUCGUUGGAGCGAGAAGAGCCUUUAGCCUGAAUUGCUUUGAUCUUGUGAUACUUUUGUACGCU